AGAAAGUACUGACUCAUCCUCUUGUGUAAAAACAAGAGCAACAGCUUGUUUCUCAUAAAGGGGACAGCGUUGUGACAUUGUAACAUAAAUCACCUGGCCUGCUCAGAUUUAAAAGUCUAUUCAUCUGAAAAACCAGCACUCUAGACUUCCUAACACUGGGAUAAAAAGCUGGUAUGCAGGGCAUGUAGUUACACCUAAGUCCCCCUCAUCGAAUUGAUGAGGAGCACACAAAGGCAGAGGAGAGGAGUAGGGGAACAAGGUGAGACUUGCCACCUGAGGACCUGUCUCCGUUUGUCUGCGGGUGUGGUAACGAGGACACCCAUCAGGGCUGGGCUCUCUCUCUGUUGUACUCGUGCCUUGUUUAUUGGGCUCAGGUGUCUCCUGCUCUGUUUGAUAACAUUGUCAAAGUGGAUGAAAAGUGCAGACUCAGGUUGCGUGGAUGAGGGCAGGGAGUGUGAGGCAAGGCUGGCCUCAGGAACAUCCAAACAGUGCCACAGUUUCAGCUGAAUUGGUUAAAUGGGUUGGUUUGGUCACAAUGGAGCUUAGCUAGUGCCAGGACAACUUCCUUGCUUUCUCAUAACUAACAUGUGAGGCAGGCGUCUCUCUGUGAUAACGGAAUUGCUUGGUCUGUAAGGUUUCAACCAGGCGGCCUGGGAAUUUGAUGUGGGAAUUCGGUGAGAAGUGAAAAACAAAAGGGUUAGCAUAACUUGCAGUGACAUGAGCAGUCUCAGGUGUUUAAACUAAAAUCAAGAUAUGAGAAUCCUAAGCACCCUACAACAGACCCGGUGAUAUUUCAGCAAACAGGCUGUACGGUUAUGCUACCUAGGGUCCAGUCUGUGACAAACACAUGAGCACAAUUAGGACACCAGGAAGGGAUGGGUUUCUCCAGAAUACAGUUAUAGAACACUGUCCAUCUCUAAGGGAUUUGCUUUCAAUCUGAAACCCUUAUCUACAUCUCAGCAACCUAGGAGGAGGCAGAAAGGGGGGGGAAGACUUAGUCAUGGUUGUAAUUUGCGAUUAUUUGGUGGACUCUCUCAAUGCUAAUAAGGUCACCUUACAGAGUGCCUUUGUUAUUCUGUGUCAGGCACAAUGUGAUAUCAUACCCGUCCCAUCUGCUUUGUAUUCGGACCCAAAGGAAGAUGGUCAGGUUGCAGGUUUCCUUUUUGGACAUUGUCAAGUGGAGCUUAUAAAUCGAUCAAAUAUUUUGUCCUGUGGUUCACUUCACAGACAUCUCAUCCUGAUGAUGGCUCACAGCUCCAUUGCAACUAGGAUGUUGGCUCUGCUUGGGCUGCUCUCUUUUCUCCCUGUCUCCUCAGCAAUGAUUGCCAGACUUCCAGACAACCAGUCUCCUCCACCCGUCGGCUCUCCAGAACAACCCGUUCCUCCGGAGGAUUACGGAAUGGCCUCAGGAUCAUAUGGCAUGCCACAAGACCAAAUCCCAAGGGCACGGGGACACAUGCCAUCUGAUGGCUACCCUAUGCCACCUGAUAGCUUCCUGAUGUCAUCUGAUGGUGAUCCCAUGCCCAUGGAUGACUACCCCAUGCAUUCUAGUGGUUACCCAAUGCCACCCGACAGCUACCCAAUUUCAUCUGAUGGUGAUCCCAUGCCAUAUGAACAUGACCCAAUGGCAUGGGAAGGACAAGCCAAGGACUCAGGUGGCUACCCCAUGGCAAUACCCCAUGUGCCUCCUUCGAAUCUGACUCUGCUGAACAUGACCAGACCCAAUAACCUGACGUGGGAUUAUGAUGAGCCGAUGGUGCCCGAUCCAUCCUACUGCGACGGGCUUCUGGAGGCUCCGAGCCCCUGGUUCUGCAUGUGCACACUGUGCAAGGGCCACAACGCGGGCCCCAAAGGGGACAGAGGAGACAGGGGUCGGCCAGGCCCACCAGGUAGUCCAGGGAGAAGAGGCUUGACAGGGUUUAGAGGUCGUCCAGGAUUUGUUGGUCGAGAGGGACCGAAAGGUCAGAAAGGAGACGAGGGUUUGAAGGGAGAGAAAGGUUCAGUAGGAUUCAUGGGCAGUAAAGGAUCUCAAGGCUUCAAGGGUGACAAAGGAGACCAAGGAGGAGAUGGCACUGCAGGUGUGCAAGGGCCUCAAGGUGAGACAGGUGUCUGUCCAGAAAGCUGCGAUUCCAUCCCAGGCCCGCCAGGAGAACCAGGCCUUCCGGGUAGCGCAGGGGCUAGGGGAAUUCCGGGGGUAGAGGGUCCACCGGGUCUGAAAGGACCGAUGGGAGACCCAGGCGGCUUGGGUCCGCCAGGUGUCCCCGGGGCAGAGGGGCAGAAAGGAGACCUGGGUUCAAAGGGUGAGUGCAACUGCACAGACGGGGCAGAUGGAUCUCACGGGAUGCCUGGUCCAACUGGGACCAAGGGUGACAAGGGCACGAUGGGCCCUCAGGGUGUCUCAGGGAUCAAUGGUGAGAAGGGGGAUGAGGGAGGCAUUGGCAUUACAGGAAUGCCUGGUCCGUGUACGCCAGUCAUCCAGUCAGCUUUUACAGCAGCUCUGAACAGCAGCUUCCCACCACCAGACACGCCUGUGGUCUUUGCCCGCAUCAUCUCUAACUUCCCAGGGAAUUAUGACCCCACGAGAGGUAUCUACACAGCUCCCGUCAAUGGCACCUAUGUCUUCAGCUACAACCUGCAGGUCUUUAGCAGAGUGCUGAUGGUCGGGCUCUACCACAAUUUCCGGCCAGUUGUGAGGUCCACUGAGCCCGCUAACCUGGGCACUGCCUCCCAGCAACUGAUACUACACCUGAACACAGGAGACAGGGUGUGGCUGCUAGUGAAGGACACAGACACCAAUGGCAUGUUCACAAGCUCGGAGUGCAGCAGCACCUUCUCCGGCUUCCUGCUUUACCCCGAUUCGUGUGACCCGCCUCUAUUCAGAGAUUUUACCCCACCGAUUGAAGGGACCUACUUAUGGGGAGAGCUGGAAGUCUAAACCACCUAGACACACAACCAGCAACCACCAUCAUAUGUCAGCCUGCACAUAACCAAAUAAAUACAAGCACGCCUGUCCAAAUAGUGUGUUGUCAGACUACCCUGAUAAAUAAUACCCCUACAACCCACCACAACACAUGUCCCAUAACCAACAGAGAAAACUCUUUAGGCUUGAGUGUACUACCUGAUCUACACUUUGAUGAAGUAACCUGUGUAGGCUUUACAUAUUUUACAAAAACAUUCAAAUUCAUUCACUCAAUAGAUCUAUGUAUUUCAGAGAGGCAUAAACACGAUAAACACUCUUUCACUACCUAGCCCUUCUGCAGAAUAGUGGGGUUUUGCUAAUCAUAGCACUUAGCAGGGCUGUUCCAAAUACAGACAGAACAUGUUUUAUUUGGACAGACUAUGAAUAACCCCUUUAAGUGACCUCUUACUCCAGUAAUGUACUUGUAGCUCUUUCCAUAUUGAAUGAGGCAGAUUUGUGAAAUAUCACAAGAGUACAUUGAAGCAGGAAGUAAGUUGUGGUUCUGAUAUUGUGAAGAAAAUAGGGAAGGGAAGGUUUGGCUCACUCGCGG